CCCGGCAGCCGCGCUCUGAUUGGCUUCGGUCGCGGGUCGGGGCGGAGGGAGCGGCGGGCGCGUGGCGAGGAGGCCAGCUGGGAUUGGCUGAGGCGCGUCGAUGACGAGAACGCGAUGUCAGGGCUCGGCCUCUCAGAGCGUCCCGCUCCUCUUCCCUCCGGAACAUGGUCUGGGGCUUUGGGCACCUGGGCCGCGGGAGCCUCGCUGUCCUGGGAUCCACCUGGGCCAGGCGCGUUGUGGGGUCAGCCAUUCUGGGAGCUGUUUGUCAACAUACAGACAUCAGAAAGUGUCAGAUAAUUGAACAGAGCAACAUGAAGGUUGAGUUAUUGCCAGCCCUAACUGAUAACUACAUGUACCUGAUCAUUGAUGAAGAUACAAAGGAAGCAGCCAUUGUGGACCCAGUUCAACCCCAAAAGGUUAUGGAAACAGUGAAAAAGCAUGGAGUGAAACUGACCACUGUUCUUACCACCCAUCACCAUUGGGACCACGCUGGAGGCAAUGAGAAGCUCGUAAAGAUGGAACGUGGGUUGAAAGUGUAUGGGGGAGAUGAUCGAGUUGGGGCCCUCACUCAAAAAGUGUCACAUCUUACUAUGCUUCAGGUGGGAUCCCUCACUAUCAAAUGCCUGGCAACACCAUGUCACACUUCUGGACACAUCUGUUAUUUUGUGAGUAAGCCCAAUAGUUCAGAGCCACCUGCUGUUUUUACAGGUGAUACCUUAUUUGUAGCUGGUUGUGGGAAGUUUUAUGAAGGAACAGCAGAUGAAAUGUACAAAGCCCUGCUUGAAGUUUUGGGUCGUCUUCCCCCGGAAACAAAGGUAUACUGUGGUCAUGAGUACACCAUCAAUAACCUCAAGUUUGCACGUCAUGUUGAACCAAACAAUGUUGCUAUUCAAGAAAAAUUGGCCUGGGCUAAGACAAAAUGUGCUGUCGGAGAACCAGCUGUACCAUCUACUCUUGCUGAGGAGUUUACAUACAACCCAUUCAUGCGAGUGAGGGAGAAGACAGUACAGCAGCAUGCUGGGGAGACUGACCCUGUGACGACCAUGAGGGCCAUUCGAAAGGAAAAGGAUAAUUUCAAGGUGCCCAAAGACUGAAGUUCCCCACAGAAAUGAUCACAAUGCAAAUUUCUCCUGCUAGUCCUUUUUACAGUAACAUGGGUAUUCUGAUGUUUUAGGUAAUUAAUUUCUGUUAUUGUGGGAGAAUCAUUCUUCUUUGUGGUUUGUGUUUUAUUUUAAAAUUGUCUUUAAAAACCCUUUUGUUUCUUUUGCCAGACAUUCUGUGGCAUAUUUAUGAGAUAAAAAAUUUAAAGAAUAUUUAUUCAUAAAAUUUUUGCUUUCAGAUUCUGUAAAUGAUCAGUUGUGAUUCUGCCAGCACUCUUUCCUUAAGUGCUUAAGGGGAGAGGAGAUAACUAUAAUGUGGUCAAUCCUAUGCUUUUGUGAAAUACCCUUGUCCUGGAAACUGAUCCCAACGAAAGGCCCCAGGCUUUGGCUGUGGCUCAGCUUGCUUUUUGAGAUCUUUUCAACUCUUAAGCUCAUAUUUGUUCUGAACAAGUCUGGCCAAAUCCCAGAAAGACACUUGGGUCUGCUUCCAGAGGGAGGGAAAAGAAGGGUCUGGUGCAUAUUCCAGUUUAGCCUCUCUUCCUUCAUUGCUUCUUUGCAAAAGAAGUCUUUCUCGUUGCUUCAAGUAAACCCAGCAUUUAAAAUGGGUCCUCCUUUACCAGUUUUUCACUGAGACCCUUCUCUACACUGAAGAUAACGUCUAAGGCCAGCUGGUAUUUGGCGUUAAAUGUUUUGCUGAAUUAUAUGCCAUUCUUUGCCAUGGUUUAUUUGAAUAGUAACAAAAUUGUCGAGGUCAUGUCUUCUGUGAGGUUGGCCCCACCCCAACCUGACUAGGACUUAGAGGAGGUGAAAAAGGGAGAGAGUUAUCUUGGUCUGAGAAAUUUAAAAAUUCAAAAGUUUGAAAACAUCUUGAAACAUUUAACAUUUCUGUAUAUAGAAAUUCAAUUUUCAGAUAUUAAGGACUUUUAACUCCAUCAGAGCCAAACAACCUGGACAUAUGCUUUGCAGUUUGCUCUGUCUGUUGACUUGAUAUGAAUUGCCUAUUUAGCCUCUAUCAUCUAGGCAGAUGCCUACAAGUAGUUUCAGUCUGUCUAAGAUUGUGUUAUCAUUAUUAAACAUUAAGUGGCCUCACUUCUCGCUUCAGUGAUAGACUGAAGUCCCAUGGCAACCUGGAGUCCUUUUGAUAUAGCAUUUGACAAAGAUAAUGCCAUGUCUGUUCCCCUAUUUGAACAGAAAUGUGUCUGGAAAGAUGAGAAAUGGUUAACUAGCAGUGGCAAGGAAUUCUUUGAAAAUUCCAUCCUUAACCAGUCCACGUAACUCCUGUUUGCUCCUUCAUGGCUCCAUCAUGACUGAAACUGGUCUCCAUAACUGUUUUUCUCCAGUUGUGAAAUAAGCAGUAUUUUAUGAUGUUUUUCCAGCCAUAGUGAUUCAUCUUGUCAAAUGUCUUCAAAAACACAUUCACGGGUUUGCCUGGGAAGGUUUUUCUCAAAGGGAACUUGAAAUUUCUUUGCUAUAGAGAUGUAGCUGCCAUAUGCAAUGGAUGCUCGGAGUAAUCCUUCUCCAACUUUGCUAAUUGCAUUUAAGCCCUAAAGUUGCAAUGUCUCUCUUAAUAAUAUUGACCCAAAACAUUAGUUUGGCGUGAUUCCUUUUGGGCACGUUAACUCAGAGAAUAAGUUGUGAGUUCAGUGUUGGCAGGAUUUCAUUAACUUUUAAUUUUUUUUUCUAUCUUUCUUAGUGGGAGGGAAAGGGGGUAGGUCAGGGCCUUCAAACACAACAUGAUCAUCAAAUAAUGAGACUUAAUUUCCAUAAGUUACCAUGGAAGUCUGUCAUAUUUCUUUAUGGUCACACCUGCAUUUUGGCUCAGAAGCCAGGCUCACAGCAGAGCCCUGAGAGUUCUCUUUCAGACCACACGACUGCUGAGUGAGCUCUCCUCCAGGGACAAAGAAACCAAAAUAGUGGGCACUUAUUUGGUGGCUGUUCAGGCAACUUUUUUUUGGUGGCAGUUAGUGGGCUGUGGUUUUGGUUUGUUUUUAAUGAGAAAGUGAUUGGGGGCCCAGGGAGAGUUAGGUUGGCGUGAUCACUUUUUUUUCUCUUUUCCUUGCCUAUGAGUAAGGACGUAAGCCUGCCCCAGUCCCUUUUUGUCUCCUCGACCUCCACAAAAAUCCGACUCCUAGAUUGGUGGUGACUGAACAGAGCAGGCACGAGGGCUUUGGCGGCUCCCUCGGCAGAAGCCAGAAGGAAGAAGUGAGGAAGACUGUCCUAAAGCUAGAGAAGGCUCCCAGAGAAGACACCAAGUCUCAAUUGGGGGUCUAGAAUCAUGGGGAAACAGUUAGAGGUGCUAAGCCUUACAACUCAGAAAAAGGGCUUUUUUCUCCUUUUGUCCCCUGCCAUUAUCCAAUGGGAGGGCUCUUCAGUGUCACCCAGCUUUGAGAAUAUUCUUGCCUUUCUGAAUCUUUGCCUAAGAUCAAAACGGAACAUAAUUAGCUGUAACUGGCUGCCAGCUCAUUUCUAUCCUCAGCCGUUCUCCAGCGUGGCCAUUGUUACCCUGCAGUAGGAGCUGGGGCUUAACACCACCUAAGCACUGACAGAAUGCCAGUGUUCUCAGACCUGCUCCCCACGGGCGGAUCUGUCUGCAGGGUUAGAUCUUAUUCAGAAAACAGGUCAGGAUCCCCGGGAAGCUGGGUAACUUCACCCUGACUUUUUAGGAGGCGCCGAGGUAGGGGGAUGAGGUGGUCCCUGUUCUAUAACUGCCUGUCAAGUGAUUGGCAAGAAGAGAGCUUCCCGCACUCUAGCUGCUUUUUUCCCCUCAGCUCACAGACUUUCUAGUUACAAAGAUUCAUUUCUGCAUUUGAAAGGCAGUGGGGAUGGCAAAUCUUUUUUUUUUUUUAAAUAAGUUUGAUUAAUUUUGUGAAAAACAGGCAGCCAUUGGUUUGCCCCUUUUGUGCUAUGCAAGGUGAUGAAGCUGGUGUGUAAGCCCAGGGGCAGCCGUGAAUCAGUGAGCCUGUGAGGGAUGUAUAUCCAUUCUCCUGUGGGAGGGGAGGAAUUCCUGCUGUUCCCUGUUGGAGGGGAAGAUGGAACCUGUGUCUGUUCUGCACUUUGAGCUCCUCAAAGAGAAGUACUGUGGAGUAUUAUUCUUGUUUCUGAAUUAAAUUUUAUCUUCUGUGAUAAGUGUUGAAUAGACAUAGCGUGUAAUGGUUUCACUAAUAAACCUUUCACUGUUGAAAACAGAA